CGCUUGCCCUUCCCUCUUGGCGCCGCGUCUGGUAGUAAACGGGGUGUGUGUGUUUGUCUGCUUCUUCAUCCCCUCUUCCUCUAAUUGGUAGCUCCCUCCCUUGUCCCUCUCUCAUUGGACUGUUGGGUUGUUCCUUUUCUUUCAAGGGGGGUGUUGUAAGGCAAAGAGCGAGGCGUGAGGUUUGGCUCAAGUUCUGCUCGCUCCUCGCAUUGCGCUUGCAAGUUGCGCGCACCAGGCGCUGCUGCUGCUGCUGUCGCCUUCUGUGACUCAACAGGGCGUGGAGGCGCUGGUGGUGCCGGCUCCCCUUUUUGCUCCCGCGGCAUCACACCGGCUCCUCCAGAGGCAGCUGCGCAGCCGCCCUCCCUCCUUUUUCUGCCUCCUCCUCUCUUCGCUCUUUUCCCUUCCCCCCACCUCGCCUUUAGUGUCCGACGGUGCGAGGCAAGCCUUCGGUCUCGCUCGCUCGCCCGCCCUUUUCUUCCUUCUUUUGCCCAGAAGUUGCUUCCUCUCAUUGUUCUUGCAAAACGGCAGAAGCCGAGCGAGCCAUGGACGACCCUGACCAAUCCCCCUUGGUUUCCUCUUCCUCCACCGGCACCCCGGGAGCAGGGGGCCAGGACCGGUGGAAGCCCCAGCAGCCCCUUUUCCAGUACCAGUUUGUGGCGGAGAACGAGGGCGAGCCCGAAGAGGAGGAGGACGACGACGAGGAGGACGACGACGACGAAGAAGUGGACGACGAGCGGCUGGAAGUGAGGGAGAGGAAGCCCGCCGCCGCCUCGGCUCCCUUCCCGGUGCCUGCCUCCGCCCCGCCUCUGGUGGACCUGGGCGAGCAGCCCCCCAGGCCCCCGCCUGCCCCCCAGCUGGCCUGGACCAGCCACUCCGCCGUCUCCUCCUCCUCCACCCCAUCCUCCUCUCCUUUCGCUCCGUCCGGCUUCGAGGUCUCCCCGCCUGAGGAGAAGGAAAAGGAGCCCCCGCGCAGCGCCCCGCUGCCGCCCCCGCCGGCGCCCCCACACCGAGAAGAGACCCGCGCCCCCGCCGUCCCUCCCCGCAGUGCCCCGCUGCCGCCCAAGAGAGAGGAGCCCCCCGCAGCCGCCAAGAAGGGCGCCGCCUCAGGCUCGCCUGAUGAGACCCUUUUUGCUCCUCCUGUUGCAUCUGAACCUCUGAUGCACUCUUCUGCAGACAAAGGUAUGGACUUGCAAGAACAGCUGGGUCGUGCAUGCUCAGCCAGCCAAGAAGAUUUCGCUGCAGUCCCGCUUGAUGCUACUGCUUCUCUUCCCUCUCUCUCUCCUCUCUCAGCCAAUCCUUUUAAAGAGUAUGCAGCCCUUGAUGCAAUAUCAGAUGGACUAUCUGCAAAAGGCAGUUACGGUCAAAUAGGAAGCAAGGCAUUUCAUGCAACUUCCAAAAAUGCCCGAAAUCCAUUCCUUGCAGAUGACUGCAGUGAUGGUUUAGAAUUGCAACAUUCAGAAGUGGUGCCUCCUUAUCCUGGGACAGGACCAUUCUUUUUAUCUCAGAUGAAGGAGCCAGUGGAUGCUAAAGUAAAGUCUGAUAUAGAAAAACUAUCCACAUACCAGCAGGACUCUUCUCCAGACUCUCCCGUUGAGUUAUUUGUGAAGCAUGAUGAAGAUGUAUCUCUUGAAGAUGAAAAGUAUGAUAUCAGCGAUCAUGACCAAAAAGUGGCUUUUUUAGACCAUUCUGCAAGGGAUGAAUAUGUGGAUUUCAAACCUUUUGAACCAUCAUGGGCUAGUAGUGAAAGCAGCAGUUUGAGAGAUGUAUCUAGAAAUCAGAUGGAUGGCAAAUCAGAAAGUGACAUAGAAAAGCAGGAUGGGGAGAAGGCUAAGACUCUGCCUGUACAAAAAGACUUUGAAAAAGAUAAUGAAAAACAGAAUGAAAGCAGCAAUGAAGAUAUUUCUUUCCCCAGCACUCCAGAAGCCUCAAAAGAAUUUUCAGAAGCUUAUAUUACUUGUGCCAAGUUUGAAUCAGCUGUGACAAUUGAGGGCAGUGCGGCCAAGUCUCUGGUAGAGAAACAGACUUCCGGAAAUAAAACAGAUGAGAAAAAGAUAGCAGAAAUGAAGGCCCAUUUUGGCACGGAGCCAAGCAUUAGCCACAUUGAAUCGGCCAGUGGCCAGAAGGAGAAAGCUGCUUCUGAUAAAGGUGAGAAUCUGCUGAAGUCUACUGAUGCUAUGGCCAAUAUGCCCGAAGGUCUUACUCCAGAUUUAGUGCAAGAAGCUUAUGAGAGUGAACUUCAUGAUGCAAUUAGCCCCAAACUUGCUUACGAAUCAAAGGUUGAUUUAGUUCAGAUGUCUGAGUCGCCACAAGAGCCUUUGAAAGCUGCUGUACAGCUCUGUCCAUCCUUUGAAGGGGAGCCUGAAACUGCUCCAUCCCCUGUUUUGCCAGAUAUUGUUAUGGAAGCACCAUUGAAUGCAAGCACCAUUGGGGCCGGUGGUCCUGCCAUGCAGCUUGGAACCUCCCCUUUGGGAACUUUUGCUGCUGCUGAUAAUUAUGAGAAUGACUAUGAGAAUGUAAUGCAGAAGUCUGAGGAGCCUCCGUCCUAUCAAGAGGCGAUGAAUGUACCCACAACCCAAAUGCAGGAAACCAAGGUCGAAGCUGUUGGUAAGGGACUUGACUCCAAGAAUGGUACUGCUGUAGAAGACUUGGAGAAUUCUUAUAUAUCCAUUGCAUGUGACUUAGUUAAAGAAACAAAGGCCUCUAAUGAAUCUGCUUCACCAGACGCUGCAGAUAAAUCCAAGGCAGUGAUCUCAGAAUGUGCUUCCCAACCUGUACCUGAAUAUACUGAGCAUCUUGAGAAAAUAUCUGGAAAAAUUGACUCAUUUGGUAGCCAGCAAGAAUCUGAUCUUGCUCAGAAAGAGCGAGAGGCUGUGAAAGAGAAAAUCAUUGUGGCUUCUGCCAAGUUUGUACCAAAGGAAGGUUGGGAGGAGGAGUUGCCACCUUCCUUUAGCAAGCCCUACUUGGAAUCCUUCCAGCCUCACCUGGAACCUUCCAAAGAUGCAUCCACAGUCUGGUCUCUGGAAGCAGAGCCUGCAGACCUGGCUAGGAAGGGAAAGGUGCCCAAGCUAGACAUGGAAGAACUACGUACUUGCACAAAUGAUUUCUCUGUUUCUAAGGAACCCAAAGCUGGAGACAAAAUUGCAGAAUCCUCUCCAGAGACCAAUGAUUUCCCUACUGUUCCUUAUCAAGCUGCCAAGUUGGUGAUGGAAGCUACAGGGAAAGAUGUGUUAAAGGAGAACGAAAGUAGAGUGUCUCAUGAUACAUUUGAAACUGAGGCAAGACAGCCUCCUUACCAAGUGGUAGCCCACGACCUGUCUUUAAAGAACGUACAUGUCAAAACCGAAGAGCAAGAUCUUGCCUUGGGAAAACCCUCUGUGAAAAUGGACAGGGAAGUGCCUGAAAUAGUUAAGGAGCCCUUGCCCCCAACUGUCAUUGCUCCUUUGCCUGCAGAGAAAAAGGUAAUCAAUGUAGGAAAGGAAGCUGAGAGAGGAGUCGCUUCUGUUAAAGAAAAGGAAAAAUCUCCCCCUAUGUUUUCAUCAAAGCUGAGUAAACCUUCAGUUGUUGACCUCCUUUACUGGCGAGAUGUGAAGAAGACUGGCGUGGUGUUCGGAGUCAGCUUGUUCCUGCUGCUUUCUUUAACGGUGUUCAGUAUCGUGAGUGUGGUUGCUUACAUUGCCUUGUUCCUCCUGUCAGUGAGCAUCAGUUUUAGGAUAUACAAGGGAGUUAUUCAGGCAAUCCAAAAGUCUGAUGAAGGCCACCCUUUUAGGGCUUACUUGGAUAAAGAUGUUGCUGUGUCUGAGGAACUUGUCCAGAAAUACAGCCAUAUGGCGCUUGGCCACAUCAACAGCACAGUUAAGGAGCUCAGACGCCUCUUCCUAGUGGAUGACUUGGUAGAUUCGCUAAAGUUUGCCGUGUUGAUGUGGGUGUUCACCUAUGUUGGUGCCUUGUUCAAUGGUCUGACGUUGCUGAUAUUGGCUCUGAUUUCACUCUUCAGUAUUCCUGUUAUUUAUGAAAAACACCAGGUUCAAAUUGACCAUUACCUGGGACUUGUGAACAAGAAUUUCAAAGAUGCAGCUGCAAAGAUCCAAGCUAAAAUCCCUGGGUUGAAGCGCAAAGCUGAAUGAAAAAACCUGAAGCAACUUUUAUUAAAAUAGUUCAUCUUUUAAGUGGGGAGGGGGAGGCAUAUUCAUUUGGAUUAUGUGGGGGAGGGUCAGGGAAUAGCAAAACCUUGACAUUGCAGUGCAAUUUCAGAGAUCUUUAUUUUUUAGCAAUGCAGUGUUUUUUUUGGGGGGGGGAAUAACCUGUUCUUGACUGCCAUGUGUGUUCAUCGUAAGUAUUGUAAGCUGCUAUGUAUGGAUUUAAACAUAAUCCUCUUUGCUUCUCCCAUGUGCAGCACUGGUUAACAUAACAGAUUGGAGAACUGUACAUUUUAUGCUUCGGCCAAGGUAGUCUUGCUGCAUUUGAAGGGAGCCGAAUGAAAGGAGAACACUUCAGUUUAGCACUGUCUCUGGUCUGUGUAGAUUGAUUGCAGAUUUUCUAAAAAUGAGAUGUUUAGAAGAAUAUGCCAUUAAAGCAAGCUUGAAAAGCCUUGCCCCUUUGGUAUCGAGUGUAGCUGUAUUGUGCUUUUUAAUUUUACUGUUUUAUCAAUUGCCAAUAUAUAAAUUAUAUAUAUAUAUAUAUAUAUAUAUAUAUAUAUAUAGUGUUUCACAGCAGCUUAGGAUGUUCAGCUCCUCCACAGUGCUUGAAAGAUCAGAGAAUGGAACUGUUUUUUAGCUCUAUGGUAUGUAAGCAUAAAUCUUCAGAAGACACUAGCAUAUAUUAAAUAAAGAAAAACCCACCUCUCUGCACAUUUCUGCCAUUCCCUUCAUUGCACAAACCUCCUAUAGUCUUUUUUGAGUAAAUAAGUUUACAGUCUCUCAAAGCUCUGAAUCUGUGGAAGGAAUUUCUGAAGGUGUGAUUCCCAAGAUCCUUGCAGGCAGAGCAAGGAAUACCUGGCAUGCUUGUUCUCCAAUGUGCUUGGAAUCCUCGGCAUAUGCACAUGGAUCAGUGGGUUACGCCGUGAUGCUGCAAAUGUCGUUUGGAAAUUUCAAACAUUGUUAAUGCAAGAAAUUACAAAUGAAAAAUGUAUACACUUGCGGUUUAAGCUGUAUUAAACUAAGUCUGUGGAAUGCAUUGUGAAAUGUAAAAACAAAACAAUUUGAGUAUCAAUAAAGCGUAUAGACUUAAA